AUGACAACAAUAAGAAUACGUAGCGAGGUAUUGAACUUAGUUAAGCGAUUUCAUGAAAUUGAUAAAAUUCCUAAGUAUCAAAGACAAGAAAUUUAUUUAAGAUCUAAACGUGAAGAAUUCAUGAAACUGUUUGACAUAUGCAAAUAUUCUUGUUAUAAGGAGAAAUUAAAAAUUAAGAUCGAUCUAACACGAAUUAAUUUUUCCAUAUGCAAUUGUAAGGCUAAGUUACAGGAAAAUAUCAUCGUUUUAUAUAUUGAUCAGUUAACUGAAAGAAAAAAGAUAAUCUCGCAAGGUAAUCCAGUUAGUGUUCUUGAUAUCAAUGCCAUCCACCGGUCUGUUCAUAUAGACAGCCCACAGUUAUCACUUAUAGAUACUACUAAUGAAUCAUUUCAUGAAAUUGAUGAUCCAAAUGAUGAAACCUUUGAAGAACCUGCAGCGACAAGAAAUAAAUGUUCAGAGUCUUCUCGGGCAAAAGAUUUUCUAAAUUUAGUAAAUAUUCAGGACGCUGACACCGAAUCACCACUUUUAAUGGACUUUUCGGAUCAAGAAUUAUCUGCUGCUAUUCGUGCUGAUACCAGGCUAGAAAUGCCCUCAAUACCGGGGAACACAAGAGCUGUUAAGCGUACAAUUAAACUUAUAUCUGAAGCUUGUAGUUACGUUGUUGGUUAUCAAAAUAGACGUAACUAUAUCUUAAAUACUCUGAAAUCGCGUUCUUUAAUUCCCGGAAUAGGAUGGAAAAAAGAUUUUUUUAAAUGUAUAGAAUCAUGA